AUGUUUCCAACUAGUCGAUACGUAGACGCUUCUCAUCAGAACUUAUCAUCAAAAAUGACCGAAGGUACAGCCGCUCAAGUUUCAUCAGUUCAAACUGCUAACAAUACAAAUGCAUCACCAAAAAAAGCAAAGAAAACAACAUCAACAAAAGGCAAAUCAACACACACUGCCACACAUCCAAAAUAUUCCGAAAUGAUCAAAGCUGCAUUAAAAGCUUUAAACGAUCGUGGUGGUAGUUCACGUGCUGCCAUUCUUAAAUUUGUUUUGGCUAAUUAUUCACUUGACCCUGCUCAAGCUAAUCAACAUCUUAAAUUAGCUCUUAAAAAUGGUGUUAAAGCUAAAUACUUUAAACAAACCAAAGGUAAUGGUGCAAGUGGUUCAUUUAAAUUAGCCGCCAAAACAGAAACAAAACCAGCAAAAAAAGCAGCUAAACCAAAGAAAACAACAAAAUCAACAACAAGCACAGCUGCAUCUGCAACCAAGAAACGUGCUCGUUCAAAAUCAGCUGGAACAAAACCAGCCAAAAAGGUCGCCACUGCUGCUGAUUCAACCAAUGCAACUGCUGCAGCAACAACAACAGCUAAACCAAAGAAAGUUAAAGUUGUUAAAUCACGAUCAAGUGCAACAGCAAAAUCAGAUAAUGCUGCUAAAGUCGCUAAACCAAAACAAACAAAAGCAAAAAAGCCAACUGGAACAAAAACAGCUGGUGUUAAAAAGGCUACAACAAAAAAAGUAGUGAAACCAAAAGUUAAAAAGGCAACUACACCAAAAAAACCAAAAUCACCUGCCGCAAAAAAACCAGCAGCUGCCAAGAAAGCCGCCAAACCAAAAACAGCAGCCAAAAAAGCUUCAUCACCAAAGAAAGCCAAAUAA